AUGGAAAAGAAACACUAUACAAGAGAACAAAUAGCUCAACGAAUAAUUGAUCAUGGUGAUUUACUUGUUAUCUAUUAUAAUAAAAUCUAUCGACUUAAUUCAUGGAUAAAAUAUCAUCCAGGUGGUGAAAUGGCUAUUUUACAUAUGAUCGGAAAGGAUGCAACUGAUGAGAUAAAUGCUUAUCAUCCAGAUCAUAUUUUACGUAAUAAAUUACCAUUAUUUUAUUUUGGAGAUGUUCAUACACAAGAUUGUAAUGAAUAUAAAUCACUUAAUUUACCAAUUCAAUUUUAUAAUCAUAAAAAUGAUUUAAAUAAUAAUCGUCUUUUAACAUCUGAACUUUUAUUAUCGAUUAAUAAUAAAACAAUGAUACAAAAUCCUAAUGAACAUAAACAUAUCAUUGAAGAAUAUAGAAAACUUUGUUAUAAACUUCGUUUUCUUGGCUUAUUUCAAUGUAAUUAUUAUGAUUAUACUCGAGAAUGUUUACGUUAUUUAUUUCUCGCAUUUUUUGCUUUAUAUUUUUUUAUUAAUGCAACAAAAUCAUGGCAUUAUUAUAUAUCAGCUAUAUUUCUUGGUGCUUUUUGGCAUCAAUUAACAUUUACAGCACAUGAUGCUGGUCAUUUAGCUAUAACACAUUCAUAUCGUAUUGAUUCAUAUAUUGGAAUAUUUGUUGCUAACAUAUUAGGUGGAAUAUCACUUGGAUGGUGGAAACAUCAUCAUAAUAUUCAUCAUCUUGUUACAAAUUCACCUGAACAUGAUCCAGACAUUCAACAUUUACCAUUUUUUGCUGUAACACCACGUUUUUUUCAAUCACUUUAUUCAACAUAUCAUAAACGUAUACUUUCCUAUACAUGGCUUGCAUCAUGUAUUAUUCAAUUUCAACAUUUAACUUAUUAUUUAAUAAUGUGUUUUGCUCGUUUUAAUUUACAAUUACAAUCAUAUAUUUAUCUUUAUAAAUAUACAAAUUCACCAUAUCGUUAUAUUGAAAUAUUAUCAAUAUUAAUCUAUUGGUAUUGGUUUAUAUUUUUAUUAUCAUUAAUUCCAACUUAUAUACAACGUUUUAUUUAUAUGUUCUUAUGUUAUAUGAUAACAAUGCCCUUGCAUGUACAAAUAACAUUAUCACAUUUUGGUAUGUCAACAGAAGAUUAUGGACCAUGUGAAUCAUUUCCAGCUAAAAUGCUUCGUACAACAAUGGAUAUAGCAUGUCCAACAUGGUUAGAUUUUUUUCAUGGUGGUUUACAAUAUCAAGCUGUUCAUCAUUUAUUUCCACGUAUGCCAAGACAUAAAUUAAGAGAAGCAAGUUACUUUGUUAAACAAUUUGCUGAUGAAGUUGGUCUUACUUAUCAUGUAUAUGGUUUUGUUCAUGGUAAUAGAAAAGUAUUAGAUGCAUUAAAAAAUGUUGCUAUGCAAGUUAAGCUUAUGCGAGAUGUUGCAAUGACAAAUAAUAUUUAUUAUCAUCAUUAA